CCGGUUUCCAGGCUCCCGGCUGUUUUAAGGCGCGAGCCACCCGGGGCGCCUGCCUCUCACCCCGCGCCGUCCUCUGCAGCCCAGCCAUGCCGUGGCCCCGGCCGCUCGCCGCCCUCUUGCUUCUCUGCGGAGUCUGCGCCGUGCGCUGCGACACGCCCGCCAACUGCACCUACCCCGACCUGCUGGGCACCUGGGUCUUCCAGGUGGGCCGCGGCGGUGCCCAGCGCGACAUUAACUGCUCGGUUCUGGGACCAUCAGAAAAGAAAGUAGUGGUACACUUGAAGAAGUUGAAUACAGCAUAUGACAACUUGGGCAAUUACGGGCAUUUCACCAUCAUUUACAACCAAGGCUUUGAGAUUGUGUUGAAUGACUACAAGUGGUUUGCCUUCUUUAAGGAUGUCAUUGAUUUUCUCAGUCAAUUGUUCACGCAGCUGGGAACAGUGGGGAUAUAUGACUUGCCACAUCUGAGGAACAAACUGGCCAAGAACAGACUUUGGCUCUAAGAGGCAGAGCAGCCUGCAGCACUGGACCUACCUCUGGCAGUUAGCAGAGGCCUGUGGCAGCUACAGUCCCUUCUGGAAUCUAUUUGCAUGUAAAAUGCAGAGGAGUCCUGGUGACCUACCUCCAAGGCAGCUGUCUUCCUGAACAUUUCCUUGGAAAGCAGUAAUCGCCAUUAUGGAAUUUGACAACCAGAAACUGCACAGGAAAAAGAAAAAAAAUUCUCGAAGAGAUGAAGUCUCAGGUGGCUUCAUGGUUCAGCUUUUUAACAAAAGGAACAAUAUGCAAGACAUUAAGUUUUUUCAUCUUUGUGUACUCUUCUUUUGAAAUGGAUUUUCCAAACUGACCAGGUUUUGAGUUCUGUGGUUUUGUUUUAUUUACAGUGUGAAUUUUCCCGCAGUUAAGUUGUCUCUCCUGAUGCCUUCUGUCUCUAAUUUCCUUGAGGAGCCUUAAGAACCUAGUGUAAGGAGAAAAUGAGGCUUCAGGGGUCUCUUGAGAUGCACGGAUGCAAAUUACAGGAGGAAAGAUGAUCCUGUGGACGACACGUUUAAAGGAGGAAGAGGCUUUUCAGAAAAGCCAGACUGCUACAGUGUCCCUCUGUAGACAAUAGAUAGACCUGCAGUGUCUCUGGCCAGAGAGAUUAAAGUGUGGUUAAUACCUUUUGUUCUUUAUCUCUCUCUCGCUCUAGUGGAUAUUACUAAUUUCAUUUUACAGACAGGGGAAAAUUAGUCUUUUAUAAUACUUAAGUGCAUACAGCUUCUAACUAUGAAAUGCCACAGCUAGUCUUUCAAGCCUAAGAACUUCCCUGGAGCUAGAAAGUGAAAGAAAAAAAGCCAUUGCACAAAGAAGGAGAUGGUGUUUAGAGUCACUUUUGGGUAGCUUUUCUAGUGAAUUCCAGUGAGUAAGCCUCGUGAAUGUUAGCUGAAUUGGAAUGGAAUAUGUACUGCACUGGCUCUUGUUGAAGUCUUAGGGGAGGAAGUGCCUUUGAACCUUGAGUUUCCUCAUAAAGAGGCUGUUCACUUUCUUGCCUUUACCAAAGUUCUUUCAUUCGAGACAAAAAAAAAUGAGUUCAUCUCAAAAAUUGGGAAGAGAGAAUACUAUUUAAGACUUAAAAUUAAAUACAAAUUGAAUCCCUUGCCAAAUUGAGUUCUCUUAAUUACAUUAUUGUUCACAGUGAUUGCUAUCUUUUAGCUCUUUUCCUGCUAAACAGUGAGCUCAUUUCCUUCUCACUUGGUUUAGAGCUGAGUUGGUUAACCUAAAAUGUGGGUGGGGCUACAUCCCUGUGGUCAGGGAAGACUUUUCCCCUGCAUGUCUGCUUGAAUAGAAGAGUUUUUCUGCAGAUGGUAGUUUGUCAGUAAUAGCAGUUUUAUACCACAUGAAAGCUAUUGGUCUGCUAUUCUAGGAAGAGAUACCUCUAGAGGUGAAGUAAGAGCAUCACCAAUUGCUCCUUCCCGAUAGGUAUUUUCAUCCUGCCUCUGGUUCUGCUAUUCCUCUGUCAGGACCUGCCUGCCAUUUCCCAGCUUUCUGCAUCUCCCUGGCUCCCCUUCUACUUCACAGGUAUCUCUGCUUCCUGACUUGCAAAGGAGUGCUUCUAGAGCAUGUCUGCAUCUUCUGCCAUGCUGAAAUCUGCAUUUCUCCUUCUUCAGCAGGAAUGCACAUAGAACUUUGUAUGUUUGGGAAAUAAAGCACAAUUUUCUCUCUGCAGACUUUUCAUAAAAAAGCAUACAAAGAAUCAGUUUUAUUGGGUUGUAGAAACACAAGUCAGAAAUGGUACUGUAUUUAUCUUUUUUACUUCUGUGCUCUUAAGAAAUAUUAUCAGGUUACCUGCUCCUAGAGCCCUAAAAGAGUUCUAUAUUUUCAAGCUGAUUUUCAGGAUGUAAAUAAUGUUGAAGCAGAACAUUAUACCUGUAUAUACAUACAUAUAUAUGUAUAUAAAUGCAUUUAAUACAGAAUUUUAAAAAAAUGCCAAACACUUUUGUUUCUCUGAAUAAUUUUGCAUCUAAGUGUUUUGAUUACAGAAGAGAAGAAUUAGCAGGUUCAUAAUUGCAGAUGUGUUAGAAGGUCCCACGGCUCUCAGUGCUGCAUUCUGUCACACUUACCUGUUUUGUCUUCCCCUCUGGUCUGUAAAACUAUUCAGGCAAGAAUCAAUCUGUAUUCUAGCCAUUUUACUCCCUAUAGUCAAUCUGUGACAAAUAAUAUGAAAAAUAAUCAUCCUUAAUAAAUAUUUGUCUAAGAAAAAGGCUAGCAUACUACCUCGUUGUGGCUUUGUUCUACUAAUAGUUUCUGGAAGUGUUAGGAACUUUGCGUCCUUACAAGCCCUGGUGGACCCUCGGCCAUAUUUGUUGAAUGACUCAGUAAAAAAGAGAUUAGAAUUUUAAAGUUUAUUCUGUUCAUUUAUUUAUGCCUUAAUCUUCCUGAGCCUGUGCCCAAGAUAGGGCUCUAAGUUAAAAACAGUAAAAUUAAAACUUUGGAGCUACUGAAAAUGCAAUUAGCUGUCAAGGGAACUGGUGAGUUUUACGAGUGGGGAUUCCCCAGUGACUUGAACUUGCCUGGAAGGCUGCAGCUGUACCCCACCUCUGUCACACUUAGUGAGGAGCAUGAACUCUGAGAUUUCUUCCAUCCUCAUGGUGAGAAUCUGUGAGCAAGUUAACACAGAAUGAGCCAGGGACUUUUGACUACCUCCCUGAGUGGUAAGUGACUGUUCCCUUAGCUAAUUCUGAAAUAUAUAUUUUGGUUUAAAUUGAAUGUCUUCCGUACUGGGACGAAUCAGAUUACAGGCCCUCCAUUCUCAGAUGUAAAUCUACCUUUACUCUUAGCCAAAGGCCAAGAAGCAGUAUCUUACAUGUAAAUCAGCCAAAGGCCAAGAAGCAGUAUCUUACAUGUAAAUCUAAAUGUUAUUUUUUUUUUCUGCAGUCCUGGAAUAUUUGGCUACAACCACCGUAACAACUUCUUAGCAGUUUUGCAAUUAGUUAAAAUUCUUUUUUGUUUGUUUGCUCUUUUUGAAACAGGAUCUCACUA